AUGACGACCGAACACCCGUCACGGGUCUACUUCCCAAGUAUGGCUCUCCGGAAGACGAGAUAUCUCCGUCAGACUGUUAGCUCUUCUGGUCCAUCACUAUUCAAUCAAACUCAUGCUUCACGAAAACUCUCCAGUGAGAACCAUAAAGAAUAUCUGGCUCAGCUCCAUUCUCGGAAAGCAGUUUCACUGAAAGAGAAGAAGGUGAAACAGCAAAGAUCCGCUGAAGAGGGUUAUGCUUCCUCGUCGCCGGCCUCCUCGGCGUCUUUGAUCCCUUCGCGACCCCCGUUACCUAAGUAUCAUCAUGUAUGUGAACCAUCUUAUGGAGAUGAGGACGAGCUGGAUGACUGUGCCACUAUCACUUCUUCUGUCGAUUUUGUUCCCGGAUUCGGAGCCACACGGAAUGAAGAACAGAUUCGAAAACAUUUGAAUUUUGUUCAAUGCUCCGUUGGUCCAAGUACAUCGAGCACAGAAGACAGUUGUCAUAGUUUCCGAUGGUCAUCGUUUCAUAGAAGUGGUAGUGAGCCAGAGAUUCGGUCCAGAGAUGUACCAAAGGAAAGAAAAAAUCAAUUCAAAAAUGAUGAAGAUUUCGAUGAGAUGACUGUGGGAUGGGUUCGACAGAGCGGGAAAUUCAAAAAAUGGAAAUUGAAUCAGACGAUUUAUGAAUUGAAACCCCGAAGCAAACCUCUCCAAGACUACUACAACGACGAUGAUGCCGAACUAGAAGCGAUGGCGAAGAUUCGGGAUCCAGAUGCGCCACGGCCCGAAGGCACGAUUAUGAAUCCGGUGAGAGGCGAGGCCGCACACUCCAACACGAAUAAUACGAUGCCGAGAAGUCUGGAUAGCGCCUUCCACCGAUUCGGUACCACCGCUGCCAAGAACAUCGCCGCAAUGGUGCUCGACCAAUCCGCCAAGCCUUCAACGUCACUAACGUAUGGAAAACUUCACAGUCGAGCUGGAAAAGUUGCAUAUAUGCUCCUCACAAAGACCGUGCAAGUCAACAAAGAUGGUUCUAAGAAUGUAAUGUGCAAGCCUGGAGAUCGUGUUGCUUUGAUCUAUCCAAACACUCAACCACUUCAUUUCUUAGCGGCUUUCUAUGGAUGCUUGCAAGCUGGAGUCAUCCCAGUACCUGUUGAAAUGCCAUCAUCGAAACGGGAAGCUGGAAUCGCACAGCUCGGUUUCCUUUUGGGAAACUGUGGUGUCAAAGUUGCUCUCACUUCAGAAUCCUGUUACAAAGGUCUCCCAAAAAAAGUGAACACCUCUUCGGCGUUCUCAGCUCCUUCUGGAUCCACGUCACUGACUGGAACAAGCAAUGAGAUUGUAGACUUCCGAGGCUGGCCUAGAUUGUGGUGGGCUGUAACAGAGCACAUGUCAAAACCAGCACGCGAUUGGACAGCACCACCCAGAUUGGCAGAUGAGACGAUUGCGUAUAUCGAGUACACGACUGGAAAUGAUGGUACUGUGAAAGGAGUAUGUGUAACGAGGCAAGCGGUGUUCGCCCAUUGUCGAGCACUCACAACAGCCAUGGAGUAUAAAGAAGAUGAAACCAUGGUGUGUGUCGUGGAUUUCAAACGAGAAGUUGGUCUAUGGCAUUCCAUCCUUGCAUCUGUUUUCAACGGAAUGAAAGUUAUCUUCGUCCCCUAUUCUCUAAUGAAAAUGAAUCCUGCCACGUGGAUGCAUAUGGUCUCCAAAUACCAGGCUACCACCGCUUUGGUAAAGUCUCGAGACCUUCACUGGGCUCUCCUGGCCACACGAGAUCAUAAGGACAUCUCGUUGGCAUCUCUUCGAACUCUUCUAGUCGCCGAUGGAGCCAAUCCAUGGUCGCUGUCAUCUUGUGAUGCCUUCGCAGCCGCUUUCACUCCUGCACCGUAUAGUCUUCGGCCAGAUGCAAUGUGUCCAUGUGCGGGAAGUUCAGAGACUGGUACGAUUUCCAUUCGGAGAAGAGGAAAUGCCCAGCUGGGUAGUCAAAGUGGACGAGGUGUGCUCUCGAUGUCGGCCUUAAGUCAUUGUGUAGUGAGAGUGGAUCAAGAGAAUUCGUUGACAAGACGCUGGUCAAAUAGUUGCUGGAGCUGUUGUCGUCGUCACUGCCAUAGACGGAUCGAACCGACUUUGUCAAGCAGACGAAAUCGGAGAAAUCUGCGUAUCGGCCAACUCGACUGCUCAACUCUACUGGGCUCUCGAAGGACAGACACACACACAUUCAAAGUCGAACCGCUUGGAGAGUACGGAAAACCAAUCGGAGCGGUUCGCUAUGUUCGAAGUGGUUUGAUCGGAUUCAUGGGUCCAGACGGAAUGGUUUUUGUUGUGGCACGUCGUCAAUCGCUGCUCGCUGUUUCUGGACGAUACCACUCGGCUGAUGAUAUCAUCGCUACGGUACUGGCAGUCGAACCAAUGAAGUUUGUGUAUCGAGGAAGGAUAUGUGUGUUCUCGACGAGUGUGUUAAGGGAUGAACGAAUUGUGAUUGUGGCGGAACAGAAGCCAAAUUGUUCGGAGGAAGAGGCGUUUGAUUGGAUCACUCGAGUUCUCCGUGCUAUCGAUACGAUACAUCAAGUUGGAAUCUACUGCUGCGCCCUUGUCCCUGCCAAUCAUCUGCCGAAAACUCCUUUGGGUGGAGUCCACGUGUCAGAGACAAAACAACGAUUCGAGAAUGGAGACCUCCAUCCGAGCACUCUUCUGAUGUGUCCACACAAUUGUGUUUUGAACCUACCGAAGCCACGUGAACGUCAGGCGGAUGUUGGACCGGCUGCGAUGUUUGUUGGAAAUAUAGUUCAAGGAGUUCGUAUUGCUGUCGCCAAGGGAAGGAAUAUUGAUGAUGAGCCGGCUAUCCCACUAUUGGAAUGCCUCCGAUCCCGAGCUCAAUCUUCUCCUGAUCAUCGCAUUCUUACUCUGGUCAGUGCGAAGAACGCAGAACAAGACACAGCCACCUGUGCUACUCUCCUGAAACGAGCUGAAAGAAUAGCUGGGUUGCUAACCGAUAGAGCCCGUCUGAGUCGUGGAGACCACGUGGCACUCAUAUUCCCUCCAUCAAUUGAUUUGGUUGCCGCUUUCUUCGGAUGUCUGUCAGCUGGUUUGGUACCUGUGUGCAUUCGACCGCCCGUGGCAUCUGAUCUCAAUACAACACUCGGACCGAUCAGAAUGAUGGUUGAUAUGAGUAAAGCCGUGGCAAUUCUAGCACCACAAAACGUUUCAAAACUUCUCAAAAGUAAAGAAGCCGCGCAUAGCAUUGACUCGAAUGCAUGGCCCAUGAUUCUGGAUAUGGAAGACGCUCCAUCGUCUUGGAGACGGAAACAGAAUAACAACUGUGAUACGACGGCAUCGGGAAGUAGUGGAGCUGCAUCGAAAGAUGAGAUAUGCUACCUAGACUUUUCGAUAAACUCAUCGGGACAACUUCAAGGAUCCUCAAUGUCUGAAGCAUCGGCGAUCACAGUUUGCAAGAGCAUUAAAGUAUCAUCAGAGCUCUAUCCAUCUCGUCAUGUCGUAGUAUGCGCUCCACCGUAUUCUGGAAUCUCCUUGGUCCUUUGGUGUCUAUCAUCCGUAUAUUCUGGACAUCAUACAACUCUGAUUCCACCGGCAGAAGUUGAACAACAACCGUCUCUCUUCCUGACAACUCUAUCUAAUCUGAAAGUUCGUGAUGCCUUCACCACCUACUCCACAAUCAACUCUUGUGUCACCCAACUCGCCAGCUCAGUUGAAAGUCUUCGAGAACGGGGAUGCAACCUUUCGAUGCUCCGAAGUUGUGUAGCUAUCGCAGAAGAGCGUCCGAGAAUUGCUCUUAUGAACUCAUUCUGCAAACUAUUUGCUCCAUUGUCUCUCAACAAUCGUGCCAUCUCCACUUCCUUCUCUUCCCGAGUAAAUGCUGCGAUUUGUAUGCAAGGAGCAUCUGGACCAGAGCCAUCAACAGUCUACGUGGAUGCCAGAGCACUUCGUAAUGAUAGAAUAUCCUUGGUUGGGAAAGGCGCGCCGCAUAGUGUGGCUCUUAUUGAAAGUGGAAAACUUCUACCCGGAGUCAAAAUCGCCAUCGCUAAUCCGGAGACCAGAGGACAGUGCGCGGACUCGCAUCUCGGAGAAAUCUGGGUGUCAUCAAUUCAUAACGCAUCUCCACUCAACAGAAUGGUCACUGGAACGUUUGGUGAUGAUGGCGGUGCCACGUGUAACGCGGAUGUGUACAACGCUCGUCUGACUACUGGAGACACCAAGACGAGAUGGGCCAGAACUGGAUAUCUUGGAUUCUUAAGACAGACACAAUCGAUUACGGAGCAUGGAGAGUUGCACGACGCGGUGUUUGUGGUUGGAGCACUCAAUGAGAGUCUAGUGCUACGUGGAAUGAGAUAUCAUCCGUUUGAUGUGGAGAAUACUGUUAGCAAGGCGCAUCGAUUCGUUGGAAAUUCCUUUCUCUUGGAUCCUAGAUCAUUUUUUUCCAGAGCUGUCUUCACAUGGAAUCAUCUUGUCGUCAUAGUUGCCGAAUGCACUGGUAGCGAAUCCGAUGCUCUUGACCUUGUCCCAGCCAUCACGUCAGCUGUUCUCGAAGAACAUCAUCUCAUUGUUGGAGUCGUUGUUAUCGUAGAUCCAGGAACGAUUCGUCAUGGACCAGGAGGAGAGAAACUUCGAAGCACAAUUCGUACGCUGUUGCUGGAGGACAAACUGAAUGCAAUCUACGUGGCUUACCAUAUGUAA